AUGCAAUCGAGAAAGACAACAGACAGCACCAUCGGGACAUCAUGCAAGGAUACACAGCGUCGGGUGAGCCGGCCGCGCCCGUGCGGGGAAGGGUACACAGUGGGAACGUACAGCGUGGCCUCGGCUAAGGGGCUGGAUAUCGAGGAAGGCGAAGACCUUGUCGCUCUCGAAGAGCUUGAAGGAAGGGAUAUCACCUGUGCGGCAACAGCGUCAGCGACAAUCGGAGACGGAACCGGUCGGGAGGGGUCGAACGACGAAGAUGCAGGCGGCAGAAGACAUUUUAGCGUUAUGGAGUAA